AUGUCUGGUCGUGGCAAAGGAGGCAAGGCUAAAUCUGGAGGAAAAGCCAAGUCUCGUUCGGCUCGUGCAGGUCUGCAAUUCCCCGUCGGUCGUCUGCACCGCAUGUUACGCAAGGGCAACUACGCUGCUCGAAUCGGUGGUGGUGCGCCUGUCUAUUUGGCUGCUGUUCUCGAAUAUUUGGCUGCUGAAUUGGCCGUCCGCAAUGACGAGGAGUUGAACAAGCUUUUGUCUGGUGUCACAAUCGCUCAAGGUGGUGUGCUGCCCAAUAUUCAAGCUGUACUGCUACCGAAGAAGACGACUGGUGAGAAAGAAUAA